UAGAUAAUAUAUACCACCAGCUGCCCGACCAUCGACUUAAUAAGGAACGGUAAUAUCUUAACCAAACAAAAGAAACCAACUCGACGCAAGGAAUCCCGCCCGAGAACAAUGAGAAUCUCUUGGGCUUUACAAACUGUGGCCGUCUUCUGUCUGGUUGCAGCCCAUCCAGUCCUAGCUGACGGCGGUCUCAACGAGCAUGAGUUGAGUCUGGAGCCCAUCCAGGGCGUCCGUGAACGUCCAGAUGUUUACUUCUACAAGCGAGCUGCUGCUGUGGGCGAAGAUCUCGCCCGCGACGAUAACAGCGCCGAGCAUGACCGUCCCCGCUCUCGCCCUGGACCCUCCCGUUCCCACACCCCUGAUACGCCUGGUCACCAUCCGGAUCCUACACAUGAGCCCAGACACAAACGACCAACUUCCGACCAUGGUGGAAAGCCAACAAAAAGCCAUCAUGACACCAAGCCCACAAAAGGACCCCACCACCCUUCCCACGGUAAAGAUCCCCACCGUGGCAAGGUCCCUCAUCAUGGCAAGGACCCUCACCACGGCAAAGAUCCUCAUCACGGUAAGGAUCCUCAUCAUGGCAAGCCUCCCAGCCAUAAGCCAAAGCCAAAGCCAAAACCCUCCAAGACCCACAGCAAGCCUACCAACCACCCCUCCAAGUCCACGAAGCACCCCCCCAAGCCCACGAAUCACAAGCCCAGGCCAACAGCAACGAAGGCACCAUCCGUAACGACCACCACGGAUGUACCCGCCAUUGUUCCUACCACCACGGAGGCACCCGCCAUUGUUCCUACCACCACGGAGGCACCCGCCAUUGUUCCUACAACCACUAAUGUCUCGACCACAACUGCAACCCCUGUAGUGCCCGUGACCAUCAGCGUCCCUGGCAAUGUUCAGGGUGAUCCAUCCAAUGGCGCAAACGAACCUUUAUCCAGCUCCCAGCCCACAUCUGGAAUGGUCUCCGGCCCGGGAACAACGACCAAGAUGUCUGGAGGCUCCAACUCCGCGCUGGCGACCGUCUUAGGAGUUGUCGUCGGCUCUGUUGCAUUGGUGGGCCUCGUUGCUCUGGGCGUCUACCGCCGUCGGGAAAGGAGGCGAGCAACUGAGGAGUACGCGGCACCCAACGUGGAGAUGGAUGAGGCGCCCCGAACGGCUUUCAGGCACGAGUCCUUUAUGGCAUUGGUCAAGGAUGCGGCGCAAGGAUUCUAUGCGCCAGGUACAGAGGACCCCACAAAAGCGGUUGGAGCGUCUACUGCUGUUGCAGUCGCCAGCGCUGGCGCUGGUCCUGUAAGCAUCAGCCAUGAUCUUUCCCGCCAGGGUAGUACUCGGUCCCAGAAUAGCCAACGCAGCCAACUGUCACGUCGAUCGGGCACCUUCUCUGGCAACAACUCUCUCAACGGUGCCAUGCCCCCCUCGUCGUCGCCUCCUCCUCUGGCCUAUCUUGGAGGACGCUAAAUUCCCGUCUAUAGGUCCAUCAUUGUCUUUUUGUCUCUGUUGCCCAUCACAGACUUGUCGUUUCUAGCUCCCAUUUUAACAUCAUGAGGAUUGUGC